AUGGGGACAGAGAACGAGCUGGACGUCGAGGGGCAGACGGAGCCUCCUAUAUGUGGCUUCAAGAGUUCUGUAGCCACUCCAUCCCCCACCCUUCUCGGGACCUCCGGAACCGACGACGCCGAAGUCACGGAUGGUGAUGCCAAUGCCACCGUCGGUCGCGGGUCCAUCACCAGCACUCUUGACACGGCCCAGCUGCUGAGUCCCGAGUCGGCCCAUACGCUCUCCGUGCCAGACACCUGUGCUCUGCUCGAUACCCACGCCGAAAAUGGAAUUGCCAGUGUCGAAGCGGCCAGCCGGCUGCAGCGGCAUGGCCCUAACAAGGUUGAGGGAGCUAAGGGGCUAUCCGUGUGGACGAUUCUCCUGAGACAGGUCUCCAACAGCCUGACUCUUGUACUCGUCAUCACGAUGGUCCUAUCCUUCGCCAUUGCUGAUCACAUCGAAGGCGGUGUUAUUGCCGCCGUUAUCCUCCUCAACAUCGUGGUUGGGUUUAUCCAAGACUUGCGUGCAGAGCAGACCAUCCAGGCACUCUAUGCGCUCUCGGCACCCACAUGCAAGGUAAUCCGCGAUGGCCAGGCCGACACCAUCAAGGCCGAAAGCCUGGUACCCGGCGACCUAGUCCAGCUGGGGGUCGGCGACAUUGUCCCAGCCGAUCUGCGGCUGGUGCACAGCAUCAACCUAUCGACGGACGAGGCACUGCUCACGGGCGAGUCGGUACCGGUCAGCAAGCACGCCGAGAUCGUGCUCAAGGACCGCGACGUGCCCCUGGGCGAUCGCAUCAACAUGGUGUACUCGGCUAGCACCGUCUCUCGCGGGCGGGCCCGGGGCAUCGUCGUCGCAACAGGCUUUACCACUGAGGUCGGCAAGAUUGCCGAACUGCUACGUAAAAGCCGGGACAACCCGGCCGACAGCCAGCGAAACACCACGGCCGCGGGCCGGGCUUGGGUCAAGACCCGGAACAGUGUCCGUGUGCUGCUGGGCCUUGACGGCACGCCGAUGCAGGUGGCGCUGAGCAAGUUCGCGCUACUGCUCUUUGCCCUCGCCAUCCUCCUUGCCGUUAUUGUAUUUUCGGUCAGCCGUUGGCACGUCACCAACGAAGUGCUUAUCUACGGCAUUUGCGUGGCCGUGGCUGUUAUCCCGGAAUCCCUCAUUGCCGUGCUCACGAUUGCCACAGCGCUCGGCACGCGGUCCAUGGCCAAGGGUAACGUGGUCAUCCGCAAGCUCGCCGCGCUCGAGGCGGUCGGCGGGGUCACCAACAUCUGCUCCGACAAGACGGGAACGCUCACGCAGGGCAAGAUGGUGGCCAAGCGGGUGUGGCUCGCGGAUGGCACGGCCGCCGAAGUGCAGGACACCACGCACCCCUUUGAUCCCACCAGCGGAAACGUGCGUGUGGGUGAGGGGGUCUUUGUACUUGGCUCUUCGGGGGCGGAGAAGAUUAUUGCAAAAUUUCAAGCGUUUCUCGAGACCGUUGCACUUUGCAACAACUCGGCUGUUUCUCUUGCGGAUGCCACUUACACGGCCAUCGGUGAACCUACGGAGAUUGCGCUCCAGGUCCUAGCGAUGCGUUUCGGUUUGGGGAAGCCCGAGCUGACGCGAGCGGGGGACCACCAACUGCUGGCCGAGUUUCCAUUCGACUCGUCCUGCAAGCGGAUGACUGUGGUGUGUGCAGAUGGUCCAGACGAGGCCUUUGCAUACACCAAGGGUGCUCUCGAGGCCAUGCUUCCACUGAUGAACGUUACAGACGAGGAGAGGGUGGCUAUUGUAAAUAAAGCAGAAUCGCUCGCUGCCGAAGGGUUGCGUGUUCUCUGCAUCGCCAAGAAACCCGUCGACCCGUCCGAGUUUAUCACCCAGAGCGCAGCCGGCCCGGAAAAGGGCGGCGCUGCUGCUCCUGGACACACCAACAACCUAGACCACCACCGUAACGUCGUCGAAAAGGACCUCACUUUCCUCGGCCUGGCCGGUCUCUACGACCCGCCCCGGCUCGAAUCUGCAGCGGCCGUGAGCAAGUGCCAGCAAGCCGGCAUUACGGUCCACAUGCUCACAGGCGACCACGUCAAGACGGCCACGGCCAUCGCCCAUGAAAUUGGCAUCCUCCCCCCUGGUAGCAGCAAUACCAGUAGCAGCGACGCCAGCAACAUCAUGUUGGCCAACGCCUUCGACAGCCUCAGUGAGGCGCAGAUCGAUGCCCUGCCUCGGCUGCCUCUCGUGCUCGCGCGGUGCAGCCCUACGACAAAAGUGCGCAUGGUGGAAGCCAUGCACCGGAGGAAGGCAUUUUGCGUCAUGACAGGCGACGGCGUGAACGACUCGCCGGCGCUCAAGAAGUCGGACGUGGGCAUCGCGAUGGGGCGCAACGGCAGCGACGUGGCCAAGGAGGCGGCCGACAUGGUGUUGACGGACGACAAUUUCGCCUCGAUCGUGACGGCUAUCGAGGAAGGCCGCCGUCUGUUUGACAAUAUCCAGAAGUUCCUCCUCCACCUCCUCGUCUCCAACAUCGCGCAAGUCUUCCUCCUCCUAAUCGGCCUCGCCUUCAAAGAUAACACCGGCGUGUCCGUCUUCCCGCUCUCCCCCCUCGAGAUCCUCUGGGCCAACCUCGUGACCUCCUCCUUCCUCGCUCUCGGCCUCGGCAUCGAGGCCGCCCAACCCGACAUCAUGCAGCGCCCGCCGCACGACCUAGCCGCCGGCGUCUUCACGCGCGAGCUCAUCGUCGACAAGUUCGUCUACGGCACCACCAUGGGCGGGCUCUGUCUGGCGGCCUUCACCUCGGUUGCCUACGGUCCCGGCGGCAGUGGCGCGGCCGGUUUGGGCCACGAGUGCAACGAGGCGUACUCAGACGGGUGUGCCAUGGUGUUCCGGGCGCGCGCAACGACGUUUGCUACGCUGACCUUCUUGCUGCUGAUCACGGCGUGGGAGGCCAAGCACUUUACGCGCUCUCUUUUUAACAUGCAGCCGCCGCCGCUGCCGAACUCGUCUGCCUUGGCCUCGGCCGCCGAGAAAAGACACGCGGGGUUGUUUUCGGUGUUUCGCACCGUGUGGCAGAACCGGUUCCUGUUUGGGGCUGUCACGGCCGGGUUUGUUAUUGCGUUCCCUGUGAUUUACCUUCCGGUGGUGAACCGGAUCGUGUUUAAGCACGAGGCCAUUGGGUGGGAGUGGGGGGUUGUCGCGGCGUGUGUGGUGGUGUACACGGCUGUGGUAGAGGGGUGGAAGGCGGUGAAGCGGCGGUUUGGAUUGGGGGCUGUUGUGCUGACGGGGAGUGGGGAGGUUUAA